GCAUAAAUCGACACUCCGAAUCGAAAAUUCAAAAAUCGUUAUUAUCGAUAUUAUAUCAACAAAACCUACGUAAAUGUUGCGUUUAUGUGUGUGUCUCUGCUGCAUUCGAUGUGCAUUUAAUUAAAACUCCAUUCAAGUGAGAAAAUUGCACUUUUGGGGCGUUGGCUUUACCAAAAUUGGCGGUGACAGCACCAAAAAAGGUGCACGAGUGAAAGCUUGUGAAGACUUUUGGAAGUUCGAUUUAUCGCAUUUUGCGGCUUUGUUCAAGGUCGUUGGCAUUGGUUGCCGACGGGUGAACGGAGAUUAACACACAUUCAAUCGCGAACACGCAAGAAGAAAAUGGCAAUUAGCUUCGAGAAACAUCGGGCGCAAAUAGUGGGUGCCUGGAAGGAUGUGCUGGACGACAAGAGCAGCACCAACUGGGCGCUGUUUGGCUAUGAAGGCCAGACGAACGAACUGAAGCUGGUCGGAAAAGGAGACGGCGGCGUAGACGAGCUAAGCGAGGACCUCAAUAGCGGCAAAAUAAUGUACGCAUUUUUGCAAAUCGAAGAUCCAAAGACUGGCCUCAAUAAGUACCUGCUCGUCAACUGGCAGGGCGAAGGCGCACCAGUGCUACGCAAGGGCACCUGCGCGAACCAUAUUCAUGACGUGGGUAAACUUCUCUCCGGUGCCCAUUUGACAAUCAAUGCACGUAAUGAGGAUGACAUCGAUAUCGAGCGUUUGUUAAAGAAGUUGAGCACGGUUAGCUCCGCAUACAGUUUUAAGGAGCCGCGUGGAGCCAUGGAGGAGCAAAAGGCGCCAGUGGGCACAAACUAUACUCGGGUUAUUCCUACAAAGGAGCUCAACGCGAGUGUCAUGCAGGACUUCUGGAAGAAGGAGGAAGCAGAGGAGAAGCAUCGCAUUGGUGCUGAAAAGGAAGCCAAGCGCUUAGAGCUUCUGAAGCUCGAGCAGGAGCAACGCGCUCGCGAAGAAAAGGAGCAUAAGGAGCGCGAAAAGCUGGUCAUAAGCACGACUAAACUACAGCCGGCUCAUGUGCCCAUUAAAACUUCGCCGCAGCCAUUGAGUCCUGAGAAAACAUCUGCAACUUUUGCGAAUAACCUAACCGAUGCGGAGCGUAUGCGCCAGGCGCGGAAUCAGGAGGCACGUGAGUUGAUCGGCUCACGGGUGGGUGCUGCCAAGGCAAUGUUCACCAAGCACACCAGCGAGGGCCAGUUGCAAUCCAAUUUCAGGCUCAAUACACAACCGCCGGCGAAGCCCGCCCGAAAUUCUAUUGCACAGCGUAUAAACGUAUUCAAUCACAAUCAGAAUCAGGAUACAGAGGCCACCUUGCCUCCACAGUCUGUUUCGCCUAUUAAUCCUCCAGUGGCCGCCGAAGCUUCUGAGGCCAACAAGCCACCAGUUGUGGCCGAGGUGAAUUCCGUUGAAACCAUAAACGAGGAGGACCUGCAGCAAACUGAGGACCUACCACUGGCUCAUGAGAGUGAGCAGUUCUCCACCAUCAAACGAUCGCCGCACAGUAAAACAAACUCGGUUCAAUCACAGUCACCGGAUGAGACGACGACAUCGUCAAACGAGACCGACACGGCUGUAUACAAAGAGGAAGAGGUGCGCACCAAAGUAUCAGUCACAGUGCAGCAGUCCCAAUCGGUUAAGACAUCCGGCUUAAGUACACUGGAACGUAAUGCAUUGACCGAUCUGGUCAAUGAGGAUGACUUCAUAUGCCAGGAGAGCCUGGGCGACUUGGGUCUACGUGCCCGUGCCUUGUAUGACUAUCAGGCAGCUGAUGAAUCAGAAAUAACGUUUGAUCCCGGCGAUGUUAUAACGCACAUCGAUCAAAUUGACGAGGGCUGGUGGCAGGGAUUGGGCCCUGACGGAACCUAUGGACUGUUUCCGGCAAACUAUGUCGAAAUCAUCAACUAAAACCACACUUAGCAUUAACAAUACAAUGCAAAUCCGUAUCUAAUAUGGCAACUGCAGAGCAGCAACACUAGUUUUUGCAGGUGUAAACCUUAACAGCCAUAGCUGUAGUUAAUGGAGCAUAUAUCCGAAUUACUCACAUUUAAAACACGGCUGCCCAGUAAUAUCUUGAACAAUAAUGCAAUUUAUACUAUACCUAAUGAGAUUUAAUAUUGCCUAUAAGCGACUAUAACACGGUUUAGAUCGUACAUCACGCGCACCAUGUUCUCACAGGUGCCUUCCAUUUGUGUAUACAUUUUAUAUCUGAUUGUUAACUUUAAGAUUUCGAAACAAUGUUGCGUCCUUUUUAAAAUGUUUCUUAAUGCA